UCUCACGGGUGCCCUACGUGCCCCUCGCUACGACUCAAUCUCUUCAAUACCAGGGCGGAGGCGCUGGCGUACUACAUAUUCAUGAUCUCGUCCGAGCGGGUCUACACCCAGAACCUGCAGCGCGCCCACCUGGUCAGGUAUUACAUCUCGGCGGACAACCUCAUGCACUACUGGUCGUUCUUCGUUCGGAACUGGAUCAGUCCGACUUGCUACUUGGACGCCAACGAGGUCUACAACCUUCCGGUCUGGGGCUACUGGUGCAUCUGCGAUUUUCGGCAGCUGGUGGGCAUGGCAAUUGCCACGCCUGCGGAUCCGGUCUCUACGACCAAUGAGCGGCAAGCGCAGGAUGCGGCGGUGAUGGCGCUACGCCACAUUGCUGGCUACUACGGACUGGCCCUACUCAACUUG